GCGCGACGAACCUCUCGACGCCCCAUCCACGCCAAAAUGAUCCUCACAAAUUGCGCCGCCUGCGCCGCCCCACUGGCCCACGACGCGCCGCGUUGUGUUAGAUGCUGGACCCGCUAUUGUGACUCGACUUGCCAGCAUGACCAUUGGCGCCGCGGCCACAAGCAGAUGUGUAAGAAGAUACACCGCGGCGGCAACGCAGAACAGUUUAAUGCAGACAAAAAAUACAAGGAGGCCGUCGCGGUCGCGGUCGAGGCGUGCGCCGAGGACACGAAGGGCCAGACGUGUUACAUCUGCACCCAAGCUCUCCACUGGAAAACAAAGGAGGGCCUCGUGCGCGGGUGCUCGUGCCGCGGGACGGCGGGGUUUGCGCACGUGUCGUGUCUGGCGGAGCAGGCGAAGAUUUUGGUCGCUGAGGCCGAUGACGAGCUGUGGGGCGCGAACGUCGCGACGAGCCCGCUCCACGACCGGAAAUGGACGCAGUACAUCGGUGCGGCGCGCACGCUCAUCAAGAAACACGGUGACGUCCGAGCCAUCGCGCAGCGCCAGGUCGACGACCGCACGGCGCACUUUUGGGGGUCCUACGCGCCCGCGGACUGGGUCGCGAUGAACCGCGUCGAGUGGGCGGAGCUCCACCACCGCCUCGCGGGCCGCGAGGUGCCCGUCGCGGACCAGCUCGAGUACUUCUUCGACGCGGCGCCGGACUGGUGCGGGCCGGACCCGCGCGAGGCGCGGGAGUAGACGCCCCGCGCACGCGACCGCGACGCGCUCGCUUCGUCGCGACCGCCGCCCGGCACCUCCGGCCGGCGCUCGCGAACCUCCUUCCUUCCCCGUAACAAAAAAUCCAAUCCAAUCGAGACGUCUCUAGGAAGACAC